GCCAGCAAACGGCCACCCUUUCAUGUAAAGUUAUUAUUGAAAGACUCAGCCCUGACAUGAGGGAAGGGAUCAGGCCAGCAGCCUUGCCUGUGGGCCACUCCCCAGAACCCACAGCAGCCUUGCCUGUGGGCCACUUCCCAGAACCUACAGGGAAAAUUCCUAUUGGGAAGGUUCGCUUUGAAAUGGGUCCUCCACUACCUCCUCUUCUGAUGCCUCUCACUGUAACUCCUCCGAGACCGGUAAAACCUGCUAAUCCAAGACAGGUGAUUGGUAAACUGUCCUUUCCCUCACCAAUGGAAAGACCUGUUUCCCCUCUGGGGUCCCAAACAGCACCUGAUGGUCAGAUGUUGAGCUCCCCGUCUCGAACCGCUCCUUCCUCACCACUACAGUUUGGUUCAGCCACUCCUAAACACGCCCUUCCUGUUCCAGGGAGACUUCCUGCCUUCAGCCCUUCCUCUUCCUCCACUAGUCCCGCCCAGGAGAACUCCAUGAGGAUUCUAGACAGCAUGUAUCCAGAACUGUCUGCCCGUGCCUGGACUCUCGGUAUCCUCCGAGGAAACAUCUGUAUGUCUGCUGCUGAGACGGGGACUACACCCUCCAGCUCAGUCAGUCAGGUAUCUGGCUUCAAAACCAUCAACUCCUCGUCCACGGCUUUCACCAAAACAGAACAAAGAGGGAAGCGAAGUGGAGUCAACAUGCUUCUACCAAAGAGUGCCAAAAGGCUGAGGCUGGAUAACUGCUCCCCGGCCCUGCUGGGGGCGACGGCCGGCCCUGCUGGGGCGACGGCCGGCCCUGCUGCUAAGGGGAUAUCCUCCACGACAUCAGCCACCUACAGAGAAGGAGAAACUGGUUGGGAAACCAGCAGCGACGCCUCCAUAUCCCAGGCCUUAGAGAAGAUAGAAGCCCAGUGUUUUGACCUGUUGCCUGUCAUCAAGAGUCACCUGUUUGUUGGGAAUCUGUCUAGGAAGCCUGUGUUACGGGAUGAGGAGAAGGAGGUCCUCUCUGAGUUCUCAAACAAUCAGCCUCUGGCAGAUGAUCUGAUGUCGGUGAUGCUGACUAAGCUGAAGACUGAGAGGACUGAGCUGCCUGGGUCUCACCUCCAGGCUCUGGUCAGAGUCUACACUGCUCUGUGCCGACAGAGGAGGGACUGGGACAGAGCUCAUAUCCUGGCCUACAGCAUCCUUAGAGAAGAUUUCCCUGAGUCAGCCAAGCUGGUUCUGUUCAUGGUGACCACGUGGCCCAACGUGUUCUCCUGCAGGACUGUAGUGUGCCAGGCCAUCCACACGGUCACCAAGGUCAAAGCUCAAGGAGAGGUGCUCCACUGCCUGACUGCUUACCUGGGAUGGGAGAAGAGUCCUCCUAGUGACGUGGAUCAGUUGGUGUCCAGCACGUUGACGUCGGUCAGAGACGCCGCCGAGAUGACCUUCCAGAAACACCCGCGACAUGGAGAGGACCUGAACCCUGUUGCCUGGCAACGCGUCUUCACCCUGGAGCUGCUCUGCUCUCAUACACACUGGAAGUGGACCCAUGACAACCUACUGAGUAAAGAGCUGUGGCCGGUGAUGAACUCCUGGGUGACUCAGCCCAGAUCGAGACAGACUCCCAUCCAGGAUGUUACUGUGGCUGCGAUCCUCAGACUCAUAGGGCGCCUCGGGCAGCUGGGAAUUAAGGAGGGAUGUGGCUGGUCUGUGAAGAACAUCUCCAGGGUCAUCAACACCUUCGCCAGACACGGCCGGUCAGAAGGUGUUCCCUGGGAGGUCCAGCUGGCAGCUGUCUACACUGUCUACGACCUGUCGCCUAGCAACCCCAAGGAGGCUCUGGCUGCGCUGGCGUCAUGGCGAGGAGAGACCACCCAGCCUGUCCCCCCCGCUGUCACCAGCUGCAUCACACAGAUCGCCUCGCUCUGCCCGACACGUCAACCCCUAGUCCCUAAUCCCUAGCUCCUAGUCCCUAGCUCCUAAUCCCUAGUCCUUAACCCCUCCACACCCCUAGCUCCUAAUCCCUAGCUCCUAACCCCUAGUCCUUAAUCCCUCCACACCCCUAAUCCCUAGCGCCUAAUCCCUAGCGCCUAAUCCCUAGCUCCUAAUCCCUAGCUCCUAACCCCUAGUCCUUAACCCC